AUGGGCGGUGCAUGCAAAACUCUUCUUCCUAAAGGGAUUUCUCAGCAAGCAAUGACAACCCGGCUUCGAGUGCAUGCCACAAAUGACAAAAAAGAAGAAGGAGAAGAAAAAGAAGAAGUGCCAAUAAGUAUUAAUGAAACAAUGAUGAAUGGCAUAAUUAGAGAUAGCUGGGUGGAGAUGUGCACACUUUGUCAUGCCAUGCCCACACAGCGUGGGCAGCAUGUCUCUCCAUAUGGAGGAAAGUGCCAGAUUGGAAUCAUUAUAAGUUCAUGGCACUGUGCAGAGAAAACAAAUUCUGACGAUUACAUACAUGAAAAUAUUCCAAACAAAUUUCUAAUGCAUGCUACCUUAAACCUUGCGUGA